CUCGGCUGUCCCGGCCCUUCGCCGCCACCGCCGCCGCGCGGUGGUUCCCGCGGAUCCGCGCGCGCCGCCGGCCGGGAGAGCUCUCAGACCGCGAGGCGAGCCGCAGGAACCCGUGGGACGCAAUGCGAGCCAGGAAGAAGCACGUUGCAGAGCUGAUGCCGUAGCGCAGCAUGGUUGCCUGAGACAGAAGCUUCAGCAAUUGCUGGAAUAACUGGAGGGGAAACAUGAAACCUUAGCCGUUCACCCGGCAAGAGAGUUUCAAGAUGGCAGCUCAGCGCAUCCGAGCUGCCAACUCCAGCGGCCUCCCGCGGUGCAAGUCCGAGGGGACCUUGAUUGACCUGAGUGAAGGGUUUUCAGAAACAAGCUUUAAUGAUGUCAAAGUGCCUUCUCCCAGUGCCUUGCUAGUAGACAAUCCCACGCCCUUUGGAAAUGCAAAGGAAGUGAUCGCCAUCAAGGACUACUGCCCAACCAACUUCACCACCCUCAAGUUCUCCAAGGGCGACCACCUCUACGUCCUGGAUACGUCAGGCGGGGAGUGGUGGUACGCACACAACACCACGGAGAUGGGCUACAUCCCUUCCUCUUACGUGCAGCCCUUAAACUACCGGAACUCCACCUUAAGUGACAGUGGGAUGAUCGACAAUCUUCCAGACAGCCCGGACGAAGUAGCCAAGGAGUUAGAUUUGCUCGGAGGAUGGACAGAUGACAGGAGGGAGUCGAGCAAAACCUACAGUAAUAAUCCUUUCUGGAACGGUGUCCAGACAAACCCGUUUCUCAAUGGGAAUGUACCAGUGCUGCCCAGCGUGGACCUACCGACUCCCCGAAGCGCCGUGGACUUGCUCCUCUUUGACACGGGCACAGCUUCGUUCACUGAGUCCAGCUCAGCGACGACCAACAUCUUCGACGAGCUGCCGGCCACCAGCCGCCUGCACGCGGAGCCGACGGUCAGGCGGGACAACCCUUUCUUCCGGAGCAAGCGUUCCUACAGCCUCUCGGAACUCUCCGUCCUCCAAGCCAAGUCCGACACUCCCGCAUCCUCGGGGUUUUUCACGGGCUUGAAAUCGCCGGCCCCCGAGCAGUUCCAGAGCCGGGAGGACUUCCGGGCUGCCUGGCUGAGCCACCGGAAGCUGGCCCGGUCUUGCCACGACCUGGACUUGCUGGGCCAAAGUCCCGGCUGGGGCCAGACCCAAGCGGUGGAGACGAACAUCGUGUGCAAGCUGGAGAGCUCGGGGGGCGCCGUGCAGCUUCCCGACACCAGCAUCAGCAUCCACGUGCCCGAAGGCCACGUGGCCCCAGGGGAGACGCAGCAGAUCUCCAUGAAGGCUCUGCUGGACCCCCCGCUGGAGCUCAACAGCGACAGGUGCAGCUGCGUCAGCCCGGUGCUGGAGGUGAAGCUGAGCACCCUGGAGGUGAAAACCCACAUCCUCCUGGAGAUGAAGGUUUCAGCUGAGGUGAAAAGUGACAUUUUCAGCAAAAGCACAGUGGGCCUCCAGUGCCUGAGGAGCGACUCAAAGGAGGGGCCCUAUGUCCCCAUCCCACACACCUACAGCUAUGGGGACACGGUCCAGGCCCAGCUGGACGACCUGGAGCCCUGUAUGUACCUGGCCAUCGUUGCCCACGGCCCGAACAUCCUCUACCCUUCCACGGUCUGGGACUUCAUCAAUAAGAAAGUCACCGUGGGUCUCUAUGGCCCCAAACACAUCCACCCAUCCUUCAAGACGGUGGUGACCAUUUUCGGGCAUGAUUGUGCCCCCAAGACCCUACUGGUCAGCGAGGUCACCCGCCAGGCCCCGAGCCCGGCCCCAGUGGCACUGCAGCUCUGGGGCAAGCACCAGUUCGUCUUGUCCAGGCCCCAGGAUCUCCGAGUCUGCAUGUUUUCCAACAUGACCAACUACGAGGUCAAAGCCAGCGAGCAGGCCAAGGCCGUGAGAGGCUUCCAGGUGAAGCUGGGCAAGGUAAGCCGCCUCAUCUUCUCCAUCAGCUGCCACAACGCCAGCGAGCUCUCCGACUUCACCUUGCGGGUCCAGGUGAAAGACGACCAGGAGGCCAUCCUGACCCAGUUUUGCGUCCAGACCCCACAGCCACCCCCGAAAAGCGCCGUCAAGCCAUCCGGGCAGAGACGGUUCCUCAAGAAGAACGAGGUCGGGAAGAUCAUCCUGUCCCCGUUUGCUGCCACCACCAAGUACCCGACUUUUCAGGACCGCCCUGUGUCCAGCCUCAAGUUCGGCAAGUUACUCAAGACGGUGGUGCGGCAGAGCAAGAACCACUACCUGCUGGAGUACAAGAAGGGGGACGCCAUCGCCCUGCUCAGCGAGGAGAAGAUCCGGCUGAAGGGGCAGCUGUGGACCAAGGAGUGGUACAUCGGCUACCACCAGGGCAGGGUCGGCCUCGUGCACGCCAAGAACGUGCUGGUGGUGGGCAAGGCGCGGCCCAGCCUCCUCUCCGGGCCCGAGCUGAGCACGUCGCUGCUGCUGGAACAGAUCCUGCGCCCGUGCAAGUUCCUCACCUACAUCUACGCCUCCGUCCGCACGCUGCUCAUGGAGAACAUCCACAGCUGGCGCUCCUUCGCCGACGCCCUGGGCUACGGGAACCUGCCGCUCACCUGCUUCUGCCGGGCCGAGCUGGACAGCGAGCCCGAGCGGGUGGCGUCCGUCCUGGAGAAGCUGAAGGAGGACUGCAACAGCACGGAGAACAAAGACCGGAAAUCCUUCCAGAAGGAGCUCAUGAUGGCCUUACUGAAGAUGGACUGCCAGGGCCUGGUGGUCAGACUCAUCCAGGACUUCGUGCUUCUGACCACGGCGGUCGAGGUGGCCCAGCGCUGGAGGGAGCUGGCCGAGAAGCUCGCCAAGGUGUCCAAGCAGCAGAUGGACGCAUACGAGUCUCCUCACCGGGACAGGAAUGGGGUGGUGGACAGCGAGGCCAUGUGGAAGCCUGCGUACGACUUUCUACUCACCUGGAGCCACCAGGUCGGGGACAGCUACCGGGAUGUCAUCCAGGAGCUGCACACUGGCCUUGAUAAGAUGAAAAACCCCAUCACCAAGCGCUGGAAACACCUCACAGGGACCCUGAUCAUGGUCAACUCCCUGGACAUCCUGCGAGCGGCCGCUUUCAGUCCCGUGGACCACGAUGACCUCGUGAUUUGAACGGGUCUGCGACCUUCUGACGCCCUCCCAGAGGGCUGCCCCGGGGUGCGUGCCCUCUGUCUGCCCCGGAUGCCCAGGCGGGCACUUAGAACUGGGGAGGGAGGGAAGGUCAGCUCAGACAGACCCAGGGUCCCUCCUGGCUGGAUCCACACCCAGGACCGAGCACACGCGAUGUUCCACCCGCCUCCUCUGUCACGGGAGAGACCUGGAGGGAAUUUCUACUGCAGGUUGUUGCCAAUCAAAUAGCUUUCUAUUUGUUAAGUAUAAAUUUAAAUAACUUUUUUUUAAAGUAUGGGGGGGCGUACGAGAAAGGUGGUAUCUAAUUUUUUAAUGGACCAUAAAGGUAAAAAAAAAAAAAGAAAAAGAAAAUACUUCAUAGGGGCAGAUACUGUUGAGGUUUUUAUGUUCUAUAAAGACCUUUUUAAAUUAUGUUACAGAUGUAUAUAUGUAUUUAAGGGUCAUGGGGGCAUUUCUGAUUGCCGGAUUCUCUUUGCAUUUCAACACUUAGCACGGAAAGACACUCGUUCAGAUGUUGGACCUUUUUGCCUCUGUACUUGUAAAAAAAAAAAAAAAAGAAAA